AUGGAUACCUAUAACGUCUCAAAUGUUCCGGCGUACCUACGGAUUCUUAAUGGACACAAGCAAUCUCUCAAGAAUGCCCGAAAUCUCAAGGGUCGGCCAGCCAGCUCAGAAAAGUCACGAAAUGAGAUACUAAUGCAAUUUUCAUUUCGGCGGCUUAUGAGCAGUCAACGCCAACCUAAGAGCUCUGUGAACAUUCGAUCUUCCUUUCUACCUUUGGCCUACACUCCAUGCACUACUUCGUUCAAGGACUUGAACAGAGUCAUGAUCAAAGACCUUUGCCUUGAAACUCAUCACCGAGGAACUUAUGUUUUAUUACGAACCAUCACCCCGACCGACACGUUGACCGCUGCUAUGGUCAUCGUGGAGGACGAAGAGGAGAGCGUUCUCAUGUUGCAACUGUACAAUCAAGGGCAAGAGCUUUCCGGAAGAAAUGAUCUCAAUAAAGGAACAGUGAUUGUUGUGAAAGAGCCUUACGUGAAAGUGAUGUCAGACGGUGAUUACGGACUUCGAGUCGACCACUUGUCCGAUGUCAAGUUUAUUCCAGAAUUCGACAGUCUAGUUCCACUCUCCUGGAGAAGAAAGGUUUCCGAGGCUGAUGAGUCUUCCAAUUCUUGGAAGCUAAAGGGAAAUGACUUUUUCAAUAAGGCUAGUUAUCGUGCUGCGAUAGAAUGUUACACGGAGGCUCUGAACUCACAUCCCUCAUCCGAGGUAGCCGUGGCAACCCAGCUCAAUCGUGCACUAACCUUCCUCAAAACUCAUCGGUUUGAUGCAGCUCUCCUUGAUGUUGAAGAAGCAGCAUGCGCACCCAGCCCAUCGGAAAAGGCUCUUUUCCGGAAAGCUCAGGCUCUAUACAAUCUUCAAAGAUUUCAGGAAUCCUGUGAAGCUCAUAAGUUGCUCCGCGAGAGAUAUCCGAAGAACAGUAGUGCUGCGCAGGAAUUCAAGCGAGCCUCUGCCCGGCUUGAUGAGCAAACUAGCGGCGAGUAUAAAUUCAGGCUACUUCAUCUAGAGGCAAGAAAACGUCAACCACCGCACCUCGACCGUGGCAGUUUUAUUGGUCCUGUAUCUGUGCAACCAACCAAGUCUCAUGGAAGAGGUCUAUUCACAAUCGAAGCAGUCAAGGCGGGUGAUCUGCUAUUCUGCGAGAAAGCAUUUGCUCACGCUUUUCAUGAUGCCAAAAGCACAACCCACGAUCUAAAUCUUCUGAUCAAUGCACAGAGCGAUACUAUGACUCUUGGAACUCAAGCAGAGCUCAUUGAAUUGGCUGUUCAAAGACUUUACAAAAAUCCUUCUGUGCUGCCCGCCUUUAUCGAUCUUCACCAUGGCGCAUACAAACCCGUGGCUGUCCAAGAGAUAGAUGGUAUACCUAUCGUGGAUACCUUUCUCGUUGGAAGAAUAAUUCAGCUCAACUGUUUCGGAUGUCCUCUUUCCUCUCGCGAGAGUCACAUGAGCGCCAUGAGAAAUGAUGAAACAGCCAAGAAGUCCAAUGAGCAAUUCCAUUCAUGUGGAAUUUGGCGUCUGGCAUCAUACGUCAAUCAUUCUUGCUUCAGUAAUGCUCGUCGCUCAUUCAUUGGAGACAUGAUGGUUGUUCGUGCCACAAAAGAUCUUGCCCCUGGCACUGAACUUACGUUCUGGUACAAAUCCCCGUUCACGCGUGAUUCCAAGGGAGAUCCAAUGGACUUGGGACACUGGGGCUUCGAAUGUGAUUGUGCCAUAUGUCAAGAAAUUCAAAAAACCGACAAGACUGUCAUGUCAAAGCGAACGAGACUUGAAGCCGACUUGCAGAAGCUAUUCAAUCUGGGUGCGAAGCAUUCAUCGCGGAUCGAAAAAUCAAUUUCCGGGCUUGCGGAAACAUACACCCAGCUUGCUUCUGUGGUUCCUCGUCUUGCACUCUGGAAACCAUGUCUGAGCCUUGCGGCUAUUUUUGCUGCAUCUCAUAAGCCUAAAAGGACUGUUGAGUUUGGAUUGAAGGCUUUAGAGUCACUGGGUUAUGUUAUUGACGGCGGGAAGCUACCUCAUGCUGCAGGAACACCACUGAGUGUGAAGGAAUGGGGAUUGAUGACCGAUGGUGUCGUCGGCUGUUGGAUGAUUCUCUCAGGCGCUUACGAAACUGUAGCGCCUGGUCUUGAGGCUCAAGCGAAGCAAUAUGCUCGGAUUUCUUAUCGAAUCUGUGUUGGCGAAGAUUCAACUUUUGAGGAAACAUAUGGCAAGCUCUCCCAGAGACCUGAUGGCUUCCUAGAGACUGCACAAUAG